AGUAUCCAGAACCAGCCAGACCAAGGUCUCCACAAAAAGAUGGCAACCAGGAUAUUGACAAUUUUAUAAGAAAAUUUGCGGAAUGGAAAAAGUAUCCGUUCUUGGAAUUUAUACCGUACGAGGAGUUUUCAAGUGUUGAAAAUAUUGGGCGUGGCGAAUUUAGUCAAGUUUAUAGGGCAACAUGGAAUAAAGGGCGCCUUCGCUCCUGGAAUAAAAAUAACGGAGAUUUCGCUCGAUUUCCACCGGAAACAGUAGCAUUAAAGGUUCUCGAUAAUUCUCGGGGAAUGAACUCUGAAUUUUUAAAAGAGCAACAAUUCUUAAAUUGA